AUGUCGGGUUCUUCGUGUCAGAGGAGAUCCUCAUUGACGCAGAUUAAGUUCAUCUUUAGCCGAUGCCGCAGACCUGCUCGACGAAAUGCCCCACCCGAAUCCCCCCACCGCAAGAUUCAUUGUCGCUCCCCUGCGCCGAGCAGGUCGAACCGCCAAGGCCCGCCACAUCUUGGAUGGCGUCAAGGACCAUCAAGAUCCGUGCUGCUUGAACUCCUCGAUUGCUGGCGACGCCCUUAAUGGCCUCCGCGGUGAAGAAGGUCUACGUCUCUUUAAACGGUUCCAGACUAUGAAUCUUGAUCCGGACGAGUUCGCACUCUCCAAUCUGUUGUCACUAUCCGCCAAUCUCAAUGCGUUGGAAGAAGGGAGACAGAUUCAUGCUUUCGUGGUCAAGAAGAAUCUACCCAUGGAUGUGGCGGCGAGCAAUUCGCUUGUUAAUCUUUACUUAAAGUGCGAUAGGGUGAGUGAUGCAGAGAAGGUGUUUGACAACAUGCCUGUGAGAGAUGUGUACACGUGGACCGGAAUGGUUUCUGGCUAUGCACUGAAUGGCAGUUUAGAGAAGGCCAUGGAUUUCUUCAAUAAGAUGCCUAUCAGAAAUGCAGUUUCCUGGAACUCGAUGAUCAAUGCUUGUCAGAGAGAAGAGCAUGAUGAGAUGGCGUUGGAAUUGUUCUGUAGGAUGAAGAUGCUACGAGAACCUCCCAGUGGGUUGACAUUUGUGGCGGUGCUGAAGGCUUGUGCUAGCUUACAACAUUUGGAAUAUGGCGAGGGAAUCCACUGCAGCUUAGUCAAACUGGGAUGGAUUAGGAAUGUCCUUGUUGGGUGUACACUGAUGGAUUUGUAUGCCAAAUGUGGUGGUUUACAAGAUGUUCAGAGAGCUUUUGAUGAUACUAAAGAGCAUAAUGUUGUCUCGUGGUCUAUCUUAUUGGGGGCAUAUGCUCAGAAUGGGAAGAUUUUGGAGGCGGAGUCGAUCUUUACAGGAAUGAUGGAGAGAAAUGUGAUAUCUUGGAAUGUCAUGAUUGCUGGUUACGUGCAUAAUGGUAUGCAACAAAAAGCAUUCAUUCUUUUUGUCGAUAUGAUGAAUGAUGGCAUGAAACCAAAUUGCUUUACCCUCACGAGCCUCAUAAGUGGGUGCUCAAAUCUCCAAUAUGCAAGAAGUGGCAAAAAGUUUCAUGGGUAUGUGGUGAAAGAAGGCCUUCAAUCGGAAAUUUCGGUGGCCAAUUCUUUGAUAACAAUGUAUGGAGAGCAAGCAAAAGUCGGAGAUGCUCGUUUAAUAUUUGACAUGAUGUUUUGUUGUGAUGUGGUCUCAUGGACAGCGAUGCUAUCUGCUUAUAUUUCUGAUGGUGAUAUAGAUGCAGCUCAUGGCAUUUUUUAUAGGAUGCCUAGUAAGAACCUAAUAUCAUGGAACACAAUGAUGUUUGGGUACCUGCAAAUUUGUAGAAACAUGGAGAUCAACUCUAUAGGCAGGAUGAGACACCCUACUCCUCUGAUGUUCUUUUAUAACAUGGAACAAUCAGAUGUCAAACCUGACCAUUUCUCCUAUAACUGUGCGCUCAGUGUUUGUGCAAGCAUUGGAGCUCUAGAGCAGGCCAGGGCAAUCCACUGCAGAACUGUGAGAAGGGGAUAUGAAUCUGACCUAGGAGUGGGUAAUGCAUUGAUCACUGCCUAUGGAAAAUGUGGAGCUCUUAGUGAAGCAGAAAGGUCUUUUAGAAUUAUGACACAUCCCGACAUGAUAUCUUGGAAUGCAUUGUUGACUGGGUAUUCACAAAAUGGACAAGGAGAUAGAGUCCUUGGCUUCUAUCAGCAGAUGCAGAUAUCAGAAGUGACACCUAAUCAUGUCACAUUCAUAAGCUUACUUUCUGCAUGCAGUUAUCUGGGAGAGGUUAGCAAGGGCCUGGAGUACUUUGAAGGGAUGGAGAAAGAUCAUGGUGUCAGUCCCACUAGGGAGCACUAUGCAUGUAUGGUAGAUCUUCUUGGUCGAGCUGGUUACCUGAAAGAGGCCGAAUCUCUUAUCAGAAAUAUGCCUAUAGAACCAGAUGCAGUUAUCUGGGGAGCAUUGCUAGGAGCUAGCAAAAUGCAUGGAGAUCCUGUGAUUGCUAAAAGAGCAGCCGAUCAAAUUAUUCUUCUGGAACCAGAUGACAGCUCUGCUCUUGUUUCAUUGGCCAAAACUUUUGCAGCAUCAAGAAUGUGGAAAGAUGUUGCUGAAGUGAGAGUCUUAAUGAAGCAAAAGAAGCUUCUGAAGGAACCAGGAUGCAGCCUGAUUGAAAUAAGGAACCAAACUCGCACAUUUCUGUCUGGUGACUCUUGCAGCCAUCUGAAGGAUUGCAUCCAUGAAUUGUUGAAUAGCCUUUAUGGUAACAUGAUUGAAGAAGGCUGUGCAGUAGAUUCUGCAUUAUUGGCUUUUGAUUUACCGUGACAUGUUUUAUUUAAGGGAAAAGGCCACACACCGGAGUAUGGGCUCUUGGCUUUUUGCCACACUAUAGAUAAUGUUGGAUGGACAAAUCUGGACAUGCUUAUAUCAUUCGUAGUGAGGUUGGAUGAUGUAGAUGUUCCAAAAGAUCUGGGCACUAGAGACACUGGAAAAAAUUAACGUAUAUAGCUACUCGCCUCAUAAAGUGAUAAGCAGUGAGCUGCUCUAGAAAAGGUGGAAAACAUGGAAUUGGAUGUAGAAGAAAUUGUGAAUCGUAUAUUGUAAGCCUACUAGUUUAAUUGUCUGCACAAAUGAAUGUUUAUGCAUGGUAAAGCUGCUUUCAUGAUCUUGGGAUAGCAAGCUGACAUGGAUAGGUUUGAAUGGCACUUGAUUCAUUCGAGAAAAGUUAUUGGGAGAACCUCGAGCACUACAAAGAUAUGGAGUUGCAAUCACUCAAAUGGCAGACAUCUAUGAUCGAUAGAUUCAGCGAGCAAAAUUCUAAUGGGUGCUGCACUAGAGAAUCCUUGCUGUUGUCCACUCAGGUAAUGUGACUCCAAUUUAUUGUAUGAAAUCUCCAUGUCCAAGCCUAUCUUGUGAUCAUCUUUAA